ACGUGAGCCGAAAACGUGCACUUCAGUUGGUAACUUUUGACUUGCCAAGAAUCUCUGUUGAACAGUUCAUAUAAUUUCGUUAAUAGUCAACCAUGGAGGCCGGGUUGGAGAACAUUUGGCAACAGCUACCUGCAGAGCUUGUGCAGCGCAUUCUUAGCUUCCUCCCGCCCAAUGACAUAGCAUGCACCGUGCGUUUAAUCAACAAGGCCACUGCUGCACCUUUUCACGCACCUGAGUUCAAGGUGGUUCGCCUGUCACAGCCUUGCCCAGAGCAUGCGUUCGCUUGGCAAUGGUCCAAACCUGGCGCCGCGCGCGCCUUUACAUACAAAGAACGACGAAACCUGAUCACUCUCGCCAUUAAAAGUGGCAGCUUGCCAAACCUCAAGGUAGCGGUUGCAAGCGCGGGCCUCUGCCGUUUGAGCCCCGACGAGAUGGGGAUUGCAGCUUCCCUUGGGCGCUUGGAUAUGCUCCAGUGGCUGCUACAACAUGGCUUUCCUUGGGGGGAUGCCCUUCCGGGAGCGGCUUCGAAGGGCCAUGUGGACAUGUGCGAGUGGCUUCUGGACAACGGCUGCCCCUGGGACGCCGCCGCUAUGUCCAGUGCCGCGCGUAAUGGACACCUGGACGUGGCAGAGUGGCUGACAAAGAGGCGAGCGGCGGAGACAGGCUUCUCUGGCACUUAUCACCCUAAGGAUUGGCUUUGUAGUGUUGCUGCGGGCUGUGAUUUGCCAACCCUAAUACGCUGUGACAGUGAGCACGAUGGCCGUUGGUCAGGAUUGCACUUAAUGCCGCCCGGCGUCCUCUCAGCUGCAGCAGGCAGCCGCACACCAGAUUGGCAGGCUAAGGUUCUGUGGGCGGAGGAGCGCGGUGCGCGCCGGAGUGAAGAGGCGUGUGAGAGUGCUGCUAACUGUCCAGAUGCCCUGGACCGCCUACGCUGGCUGUGGCAGCGGGGCUACCCCCUGCGCAGCAGCAGAGCUGCAGCCUGUGCUGCCAAGCAGGGUAACAUCGCGGUGCUUGAGUUCCUGCUGCAGGAGGGCAUCCGGCCUGGCAAGCGGGCUGCGGAGUUCGCCGCCGGCGCGGGUCGGCUGGAGGUGCUGCAAUGGCUGCAGGCACGCGGCUGCUUGCUGAAGCCCCAGAAGCUGCUGCCUUUUGCAGCCAGGGCCGGCCACCUGCCUGUGAUGAUCUGGCUGGUGGAAACGCUGGGAGCAGAGUUGAAUAGUGCCCUCAGCUGUGCUUGGGGGCCCGAGCAGGGCAGUUCGGAGGUGCUGAGGUGGCUGAGGAGGCGCCGCCGCUUUUCCUUGGGAUUUAUUUGCUUGCGCGACGUGGUUUUGACAGGGUGUGAGGAGCUGCUGGAGGUGGUGGCGGAGCGGGGAUAUCCUCCCAUGCCGGCCGAUGGCUCACUCUACAGAGCAGCUGGCGGCCAGGGGGACCUGGCCAUGCUGCGCUGCCUGCGGCGGCUGGACUGCCCCUGGGGCGAUGCCCUGUUUGACUGCGUGUACGAGGGCUGCCCGCUGCCUGUGCUGCAGUGGCUGUUGGACGCGGGCUGCCCGGUGAAGUGGUACGAGGUUAUGGAAACCAUACGCAUCGCGCAGGAGCGGAACAAGGGGCCGAGCUUUACCCCGCAGGUAGUGGCCUGGGUGACAGAGCAGUGGGAGCUGUGGAAGCAGAAGCACCAGGCGCUGUUCGGGCAGCAGCAUGAGCAGCAGCCCGGGCGGCAGCAGGAUUGGCAUGGAGGGUGGAUGAGCGGCGGCUACUCGUAGGUUGCGGGAUGCGGUCUGUGGUUUGCUGGGACAGCGGUCUUGUGCUUUGCUGCAUUGUGUUGGUGCGGUGGCUGGCUGGGAGUGCGCGCGACCCUGUUGACCCUGUUAACAGCAGCGUAGAGUGGGCUUGCAGUUGUCAUAUUGUGGGUGCGGGGAUCAGUAAAGAAGCAAGGGCAUCGGCGGGUACCUCCCAGCUCAGUGCGUGCCUGAUCUACCCUGCUACUCUAGGUAGGUUGUUGUCAGCUAAGGUUGUUUCUCGUUUUCGUAACUGGUUUGGCUUUCUCUUUGCUGUACUAAUUACCGUACAUGCAGAUGUUGUAAUGGACGCGUUGACGGAUGUCAGGAUUGUGAAAAGAACUCUGGACUUUGCGAGCUAUCGUUGCGUUUGCUAGGUGGUAUCACAAGCAUACGAGAGGUUGGCAGGACGCAUGCAGGGAGGAUUCUCCGCAUUGGCGGUGUCGGUAGCAUGCGUCACAAGCUGCGGACGUUCGUCACUGCGGGCAGUCGUAAGAAG